AUGGCUUCUGAGGUGAUUUCUUUGCGUGGUACCUUGAAAGGCCAUAAUGGCUGGGUAACUCAAAUUGCAACAACUCCACAAUAUCCCGAUAUGAUCUUAUCGGCCUCUAGAGAUAAGUCAAUCAUCAAGUGGAAGCUAACCCGAGAAGAGAAUAAUUUUGGUGUGCCCGAUAAAUCCUUACAUGGUCAUCAUCAUUUCAUUUCUGACCUUGUUCUGUCAUCUGACGGUCAAUUUGCUCUCACUAGCUCUUGGGAUAGUAAUCUCCGUUUGUGGGAUUUAAAUACUGGUCGAACUACUCGACGCUUCGAAGGACAUACUAAGGAUGUCAUGAGCGUUGCUUUCUCAGCUGAUAAUCGCCAGAUCGUUUCUGGUUCUCGUGAUAAAACUAUCAAAUUAUGGAAUACUUUGGCUGAUUGCAAAUUUACGAUGGUUGAGGACUGUCACAAUGAUUGGGUGUCUUGCGUUCGUUUCUCACCUAAUCAGAGCGACCCUCUAAUAGUUUCUUGUGGUUGGGACUCCUUGGUUAAGGUCUGGAAUUUAACCAAUUGCAAAUUGAAGGGUAACCGAGAAGGUCACACUGGUUACCUGAACACUGUCAGUGUCUCACCUGACGGCUCUCUAUGCGCUUCUGGUGGUAAAGAUGGUAAAGCAAUGCUUUGGGACCUCAACGAGGAUAGACAUUUGUAUACUUUAGAAGGUGGUGAUAUUAUUAAUGCAAUGUGCUUCAGUCCAACUCGAUACUGGUUGUGUGCUGCUGUCGGUUCAAGCAUCAAAAUAUGGGAUUUGGAGCAAAAGAGUCUUGUAGAUGAAUUGCGUCAAGAAGUUAUUGGUGUAAAUGGAAAAUCAGUACCCGCUAGCUGUUUAUCUUUAGCUUGGUCUGCAGAUGGACAUACGUUGUUUGCCGGGUAUAGCGAUAAUUUGAUCAGAGUCUGGCAAGUGUCAAAAUCUGGUACCUCGUACAACGGUUAAGACAUUUACUGUAAAUUUAAUUACUGCAAAUGGAAAUAAAAGGGAAAGCAUUCGAAGUU